AUGUUUGACGACAGCGGACCCCCGUCCCCCUCAAACAACCCCCUAGCUCUCGCCCCCGUCGAUCACGAAUGGCAGCCCAUCCUCCAUGUCUCUAACCAAACCGUAGCUCGCAACGCUCGAUGUCCCUAUUGUCACCGUGCUUUUUCUCCCACGCAUUCGCGAGGUUUCCACCCCCACGACCAAGACCUGGACGCGGAAUACGAGGGGGAUGACAUAGAGAGGGCAAGUAACCGGGCAGCCAACUACUUCCAGCUCCUCGAGAUUGCGAACGAAUCCUCGAGACCACCUAGUCCCACGCAAGAUUCCUCGCGUAGAUCGUCGCCACAGCCGAAUGCAUUCCGUGCAGAGAACAUGGCCGAGGGAUACUUUAAGGCCUUCUUCCAGGAGGUGUGUAGGCUCGGCAUGGGCGCAAACGGCAGCGUCUACUUGUGUCAGCAUGUCCUGGAUGAGAACCCUCUGGGGUUGUUUGCCGUCAAGAAGGUUGCUGUUGGACAGUCACAUUCUUACCUCUUGAACACACUCAAAGAGGUCCGACUUCUUGAGAAACUUCACCAUCCAAACAUCGUCACGUAUCAUCACGCUUGGCUCGAGUCGUCACAGUUCUCGUCCUUUGGACCACGGAUUCCAACCUUGCACAUCCUUAUGCAGUGGGCUGAGGGCGGAAGUCUCGACGACCUCAUCGACACGCGCCUUGGACGCCGUGCCCCGAACCUUCCUCACAUUAGGACCACCGCUGAUGGAUCCACUGAACAAUAUACCAGUCCCCAGCCGACUUCUCCGAUAGAGCAAGAAGCCAGCCAACCAUACUCACGGAAUGCCCGUAUACGGGCCUUCAGAGCAUUACAGCGAGCCCCUCCUGAAGAACGGGAACGAUUACGUCACGAAAUGGGUCUCAAUGAUAGCGGGCAAGCCAAGUCGACGGUAAACCUGAAGCCGGUGCAUCUGCUCAGCGCAGAAGAGAUACAUGAACUAUUUAAGGAUGUUGUGGGAGGACUCGCGUUCUUACAUGAACGAUCUAUUCUGCACUUAGACCUUAAACCAGGAAACGUUCUGUUGACUUGGGACGAGGGAAAGCUUGUGCCACGAGCGAUGUUGUCCGACUUCGGCACUCACAAGACAUGCAAUACCGGAACCUUGGAGUAUUCUGCACCUGAGUCUCUGCCCGAGCCCUCGACAGGGCGGCUUCUCCAGGUGGACUCGAAGGCAGACAUGUGGUCUCUCGGCAUGAUCUUGCACAAGUUGCUAUUCUUCCGUCUUCCCUUCCGGCACACCUCCGACAAUGAUGAUCCUAGUCGGCCAAAGGACGGCCAAGAGUAUUCGGAUGAGCUCGAGGCUGAGAUCCUCGCAUACAAGGGGUUCAAGUCUUCCGCUUCGCAUAUGAACACAUUCGAGCCCAGACGAAUACCCAAAGCUUACCUCCUGUUGCUGGAGACUCUUCUGAACGUCAAACCUUCCGGACGACCUACUUCAGACCGCGUGCUCAGCGUUAUCCAAGAGGGUGGGCUUCGCCCGACGAGCCGUCCUCCGCGUAGAAAUGGGCAGGCCCCUCCGGGUACACUUGCGCUAGCACGUCCAAGCGCGGCUCUCAACCCAAACCGCCUUCGAGUCAGCCCCGACCGGACCCGUCGGUCGCGCUCGCCGUCGCGCGUCCCUUCCGCCGACAGUCGCUUUGAAGCCAGCUCCGCCAAUGUCGAAGAAAUCCAAGAACACGACGGCGAUUCGGAAGCUCCGACGGACGAGAAGGACAGGCUCCUGCCCAUCCCGAAGGGCUACGCAUGGACUCUGCCUUGCAUCGGCAGCCUGCGCAUUCCCCCCGCACUCGCCGCUCAGGCGCAAGCCAUCCACCGCUGGCAGCGGCGUGCACGAAUACCUGCGCUCGGAUGGCGCACGCUGAAGUCCUCUAUUCUUGUUGCCAAGGUCGUUUCCCUCACAGGGCCGCACCUGCAUCCUAGCACGAGCGUCCAUCCCAUUCUAGCGGGAGCAGCGCUAAUGCUUGCGGUGGUGGAUACGUGGUUCGAGAGUAUGGAGGCAACACUGGCGUUUGGUGCAGCGCAUUUGGCGGUGCUUGCCCUUGGACAAUUCACGUCGUGA